AUGAGUGCAGUCAACCUCCAGGAAGUCCAUGACUUCCUCGUCGAGGUACGUCAGGCUUUGCAUCCAAAAGCAUGCAUGUGCAAAUGCUACCUACCUCUCCACCACCAAGGAAAACAGCAAAAAAGUAGCUAGCUAAAAAAAACCCCCCUCUUCUCAAACAGAUUGCCUACCAAGCGGGCGAAAUGAUCACCACCGCGAAGCCUGCCGUCUCGGCCCACGGAACGAAAAAGAACAGUGCCGAUCUCGUCACGGAGACGGAUCAAGCGGUCGAGAAAAUGGUCUCCACGACACUCCGAAGCAAAUUUCCGGAUUUCGAAUUCAUGGGCGAGGAGACGUACAAGGAUGGGGAUUUUCUGAGCGAGAAGGCGACUUUUAUUGUGGAUCCGAUCGAUGGGACGACGAAUUUCGUGCAUGGGAAUCCGUAUGUUUGUGUUAGUCUGGGGUUGGCGGUGGGGAGGAGGCCGGUUGUUGGGGUGGGUAUACCCUCCCUCUGUCUCGAGAAACUGCGCAGUGAAAGGUUCUAGAUUACUGAUGAAAUGUUUUUUUCAGGUGAUCUACAACCCCUUCACGCAACAGCUCUACACCGGCAUCAAAGGCCAAGGCUCCCACCUCACAGACCCCCAACACAAUCGGGUCCCACUCCCCCUCCGCCGCCCCAUCGAGCCCUUCCAAGACCUCAGCCACUGCCUCGUCGCAGCAGAAUGGGGUUCCGACCGCUCAGGCAACGACUACCGCGUCAAAACCGCCACCUUUUCCGCCCUCUGCGCUUCCCAAGAAACCGGCGGCGCCAUGGUCCACGGCCUCCGCUCUCUCGGGUCCGCGGCACUGAAUCUCUGCGGUUUGGCGGCGGGGUUUCUCGACGUGUACUGGGAGAGCGGAUGUUGGGCGUGGGAUGUGUGUGCCGGGUGGGUGGUUUUGGAAGAGGCCGGGGGCAGGAUGGUGGGGUGUCACCGGGGGGAUUGGGCGCCCGAGGUGGAUCAGAGGCGGUAUAUGGGUGUUAGGGCUGGGGAGGGACAGGAGGGGGUUAUUGAGGAGUUUUGGGGUUGUGUAAAGGGACGGGUGGAGGUUGGGUAUGAUAAGACGGAUGGUCGCGGGGCGUGA